UUUUCACUGACGUCAUCAGCGUGCCUUUCAGCCAGCCAAUCACAGCCCACGUCAAACUGAACUAUUCAACAUGGAGACAACGGUGGAGAAACUGGAGGCGAUGUUUCAGAAGUCAGAGGCAGACCUGGAUUACAUUGAGAAGCGGCUGAAGCUGGACUUCCUCACCGUUUGCACUGAAAGCGGAGGUCACACUGAGGAGAACCUGGUGGAGAUGUUGGAUGACCUGAUAGCCAUCAAAGCCAAGCACAAGUUGCUGUGCUCUGAGUUCAAGGAGAUAGCAGCUGCACAUCAAGCGUCAAUGGAAUCCAUCAAAGCAAACCUCACCAAUGUUGUCCAGCUCAUCCAACAGGUCCAACAGACUGCUGCUUCAGAGGUUUCACCACUGACAGAGUCAGAGCAGAAGUCAGCAGAGCUCCUCUGUGCAUCUGAGAACACAGGUGAGCUCGCUGGCUUUAAUGCGGCGGCUCAAUAAAUCCAGGCUGAAGUUCCUGCAGCACCUCCAGUCCACCAAAGACCACGUCCAUCUUCUGGAGCCAAGCUGUGUCCUGAUUGGCUGUUCCUUGAGCUGGCUCCUCCUCCUUACAGUUUACCCAUUGGUUGGUCACUCUGGU